CUAGGAUGACAGUAUGUUAAAAAAAACACAUAAAUAAUAAUAUAAAAAAAAUAAACAGAAUACAUUUUGGGCAAGAUUUAUGAAGAAAGAUUAUUUAUUUGCUAAAUUUUAUAAGAAAAACACUUUUUUUCAAAAUGUUUGGACUUUUUCAUUUAUAUAGCAAAAAAAAAAUAAAAAUCCCGUUGGUGAAUAAAUACCACCAAAAUAAAGUUUUAUCUGUAUCAAAAAAAUGCAAAAAAGUUCAUAUGGGUACAGUGUUGCAUGACCGCGCAAUUGUCAUUCAAAGUGUGAUAGCACUGAAAGCUGAAAAUUGGCCUGGAAAGGAAGGGGUAAAAGUGUAUGGACUUGAAGUG